AUGGGGUCGUGUCUUGCUGUCGAAUUCCAGUCUGUUUUAUCAUUCCCUGCUCAGAUGAAGCUAUUUCAAGAGUAUAUGGAACGGGUGAAAGGGGAGCUCGGGGAAGAAGCCGCCAGCAGUUUUUUCGCAGACAGCUUGUAUCUAUUGGUUGCGGGCACUAAUGAUAUUGCUAAUACUUACUUCACCAUUGGCACUCGACGCUUGGAGUAUAGUAUAGCUUCUUAUGCCCGUUUCCUCGUCUCUAAAGCUUCCACUUUCAUACAGGAACUGCACCAGCACGGAGCAAGAAGGAUAGGGGUGCUCGGCACCCCACCAAUCGGGUGCUUGCCUCUCGAGCGAACCUUGGCAGGUGGACUACGGAGGAAUUGCAAUGAGGUGCGCAAUAAGGCAGCACAAGUUGUCAACACCGAGCUCUUGUCUGAACUGGAUUCAUUAUCCAAAAGCCUAGCAGACUCGAAGAUUGUCUAUCUUGAGAUAUAUGAACUUCUGCUCCAACUCAUCGAGAAUCCUGAAGACUUUGGGUUUGAGGUAAGUGACAGAGGUUGCUGUGGGACAGGGAUUGUUGAAGCAGCUGUGUUGUGCAAUCCAUUUAGUGCAACAUGUGAAGAUCAUUCUAAGUAUGUAUUUUGGGACACCUUCCAUCCUACAGAGAAAGCAUACCAGAUUCUUGUUGACCGUAUCAUUGAACUGAACUUCGACAAGUUUCUGUGA